AACUAGUGGUUGAAACGCCACUCCUGAUGUUGUUAAAUUUUGAGCAAACACAGGCUUCAUAUAAGUUUCGGGCUCUUUUGAGUAUGCUGAUAAGGAACUAAAAGGUUUGGAGAUCUCUGCUAAUACUAGACACUGGGGUAUUUCAGCAGAGUCUAGUGAACAGACGCGAGAGCAGGAAAUGGCGGCCACUAUGUUCCAGAUAAUCGGGUUCAUUCUGUCAGUACUAGGGCUAGCCGGGGUCAUUGCAGCAACAGCAAUGGACGAAUGGAAAAUUGAAGACCGGUAUUAUAAACUUGUAACUUCAAUUUACAACUAUGAAGGACUUUGGUACAGUUGUGUGGGUGAGACUUCUGGUCUUGUUGAAUGCCGUCCAUAUUUCACCGUUCUGGGACUACCGGGCAGCUUCCAGGCAGUGAGAGCCCUGAUGAUCGUGGGGAUUGUGCUGGGGGUUAUUGGAGCGUUGAUCUCCAUAUUUGCACUCAAGUGUAUCCGAAUGGGCAACAUGGAGGACACAAUGAAGGCUAACAUGACCCUGACAUCAGGGAUCAUGUUCAUUGUGGGAGGUGUAUGUGGCAUUGCUGGCGUGUCCGUCUUCGCAAACCUCAUUGUGACCAGCUUCAUGUUCACGACCACAACUGCCACCAUGGAAGGGUCUCUCCAGCCACGGUACACCUUUGGCCCCGCCCUCUUCGUGGGCUGGGUGGGAGGAGCAGUGCUGGUAAUGGGUGGGAUCAUGAUGUGUGUGGCCUGCAAAGGAAUGGCACCUGAGAAGACUCACUACAACUCAGUAGCUUACAAAGCAUCGAAACCCAACACCAUCUACAAGUCCGGAGAUGAGCGGUCCAGACGGGGGUAUGACGAUGACUACAAGAAAAGCACAACUCGCAGCGACGAUGGCAGGCAAACACAGCCUUCCAAAUUUGACUACGUGUAACAAUGGCCUGCAACUAGGGAGGAUAUCGCUGAAAUACAAAGUGCAGGCUGGCUUAGAACAGGGGAUCAUAGAUGGGUCUAUGCAGCUUUCACUGACAAGCAGUUUAGCCAGGUUAUAACAGAUUAGGAAUUUGACCAAAAUCAUAUGAUUACAUCCUGGUCAUAAAUGUAAUAAAUUAUAGUAAAAUGCAUAUUAAAGUGAAUUUUCAGGACAUUGGUAAUCCUUUAAUAUUUGUGAGCCUGUUCGCAAACAUUGUGCUUUGAUUAAGGAUUGCCCCACUAGCUCUAAUGUUCUACUCCCCUUUAGGGUGUAAUAAAUUACCUUUGAGAAGAACUAGCAAAUAGUAUAGUACCACUUUAUGUAUUGAAAGCACGAGUCUCAGUGCAUAUAAUUAGCAGGUCCCUUUAAUUUUUUAAUUUUUUUAAUCUAUAACUUAAAAAUUACAUCAUAACACUGUUAAAAGCAUUAGCUGAAGCUGUCUACUUAUUGUUUUUAAUGCAGCUUUAAAUGAUAAAAUACCAGCUGACUAAACUAAUCUAUUUAAUCUUAAAGGAAAGUGAAACAUGUGAACAUAUUCCCUAUCCCCAGUUCUGAUUUACACUGCUGCGCUUGCGUAUUAUUCUUUACUAAUUCCUAUUUCUUAAACAUACUUAAACAUACUUAAAUACACCCACAUAAUUCUCGUGUUUGUAUAUAUGUAUUUGGGUUCUGUGUUUUUUGACCCAUACUGUGCUUUUUAUAAAUUUUUCAUAUUUUCCUCCUUCACCCCAAAUAACACCCCAGGCUUGUGCAUGGCCUGUGAAAUACCAGGACCCAUGAGUUGCAUGAAAAGUCUGUUUUGAUUAAACAGUUUGAUAUUCAUGAAUACAACCAUUCUAUUCUUUUUUUUACAGACUAGAAUUUUUUCUUUAUGUUUUUAGUUAACAGCAAAGUUGUGAUUGUUUUAUGCAUUCAACACAUAAUCAGAUUACUAGAAACUCCAGUUUGUUUUAUGCUGAAAAGCUUCUAGAAAUGUAGUUUAGGUAAACUAGGGUCUAAGCUGCUCUAAAUGGUCUUAGUUAUUAGUAUGGAAUGGCUGAUUAGUAUAUGUGAGAAGUAUAAUGUGUACCAUGUUAUAUAUCUUGACUGUUAGACUGUACUAAGAUGCAAAGAGUGCAAGUCAAACCAAAAGCGCUAACAAGUAUGUAAUUAAUUAGUGCUACAUUAUGGCUGUAAUCAUCUGUCUGUCUUUUGUAUUUCGUAUUUGUGUGACUUCAGAAACAAAAAUCAUUAAAGUUUUCAUAGUUUAAAA